CGUUUUUUAAAUUUUUAAUGGAUGGAAUUAAAUUUAAAAAGAAUAUCAAUUCAAUAUUACAACCUCAAAAGCGUUUUGUUUGUCGUUAGUUUUCCAUGGGAACUCGAAGAUCUAGCUAGAAGCCAAAACAAAAAGUCUUCAACGAUGGCGAUCCUAUACGCUUUGGUGGCCAGGGGCACGGUGGUGCUGGCGGAGUUCAGCGCCGUCACCGGCAACACAGGCGCCGUCGCCCGCCGUAUAAUCGAGAAGCUUCCGGAGGAGUCCGACUCCCGCCUUUGCUUCUCUCAGGAUCGCUACAUCUUUCACAUACUCCGAUCCGAUGGCCUCACCUACCUCUGUAUGGCCAACGACACCUUCGGAAGGAGAAUUCCUUUCUCAUACUUAGAAGAUAUCCAAAUGAGGUUUAUGAAGAACUACGGUAGAGUUGCCAAUUAUUCACCAGCUUAUGCAAUGAAUGAUGAGUUUUCAAGGGUUUUGCAUCAGCAAAUGGAAUUUUUCUCUAGUAAUCCUAGUGUUGAUGCCCUAAAUCGUGUGAGGGGUGAAGUUAGUGAGAUACGCACUAUCAUGGUGGACAAUAUUGAGAAAAUAUUGGAGAGAGGUGACCGGAUUGAGCUUCUCGUUGAUAAGACAGCAACAAUGCAAGACAAUUCAUUUCACUUUAGGAAACAGUCAAAGCGCCUUCGAAGAGCGCUAUGGAUGAAAAAUUUCAAGCUCCUCGCAUUAUUGACAUGCUUGAUUGUUCUCAUUCUUUACUUCAUAAUCGCUGCUUGUUGCGGAGGCAUCACUCUACCAUCCUGCAGAUCCUAAUUGUCACUCCUUGCUGGUUUAUAUAUUUUCCAAGUUCUGCAACAAUCAAGAUGAUUCCUGUCAAUAUGUACAUUGGAGGGCUCUUCAGUAUUACAGAAUCAAAUUAAGAGCUGAGUGGGAAAAUUUGGUAAAGGGUCCAAAAACAGUCACGUAUUUAUUGCUUUGUUCUUUAUUCUGUAUUAUAAAAGUACGCUGGAGCCUGGUAAGGUGCUAUUCUAUGAUUAUUGAGCAUCCUUUUGUAAAUGUGAUUUUUGUACUAUCUUUAAUAAUCUAGGUUUAAAUUAUUAUA